CGGGCAUAGUAAGUGAAAUACAUCAAAUCACUGGGGGUCUAUUCUGACGGAGUCAAGAGUGUUGCCUAUAAUGCUUAGUAAGUGAACUUAGCUAACUAUCGCUCCUCAUGAUUCAAUACGGGACAUAUCAAAGGGUGCCCAGCAAAGACCCGUCAAAUGGACUGAAGAUAUCUUAUCCUAUAUUUCACCGGCAAGCAGCAAGCUGUGUCUUAUGAUCUUCCCUCUGGACAUCAAAUCUGUAGACCAAUAUGUCUAUCAAUAACAGUGACCUAUCCCCGCGGAUUCUGCGCUUUCCGAGAUCCGAUGAACCCAAAGCGUGCGUACUGCUGCACGUUACCCGUCGUGGUCCUUCCGCACUAGAUCUGGAUCUUGUUGGGACAGAAGGAGAGUGUCCGUUCACUGGGGCAGUACGGCAGUCUCACCUCAACUCGUAUCGCUCAAAGAAUUAUCAAGGUACCGAAGACGACUGGACUCGAAUCAUUCUCCAUGUGCUUGGACAAGCAGAACAGUGUGGGAAGGAGCAGGAUUUAUUUGUAGGGCUAGAAGCGUUAGCCAUCAUAAGUGGCUCCGAAAUCCAGGAUAAAGAGAUAAAAAUCGUGAUACGGAAGAGAGUACAAACAAUAACUCAAAAAUUCGGGACUUUAGUAUUGAAGCAAAACGACGAACAGACCAUCCACCUCUAUGACUGGACUUCUACUUCGGCAGAGAGAGCUGAUUUCCUCGAAAGACGUUGUUCAAGCCUCCUGGAUCGCUACCGCGCUGCUGAACAGACCAUCAAAGAUCUCGAUGUCCAGCUUAACGAGCUCAUAGGCGCCAAGAAUCGGCACGAAGAACAGCUAAUGAACAACUUGAUGCAGCUUCUCAAUGAGAAAAAGUUGAAAAUCCGCAACCAACAGCGCGUAAUAGCCACCACGGAGGUUGCUCCAGAGGAAGGUAGGUGCUAAACGCGAUAUGCUACAUAUCUCUAAGCUGACAAAUGAGCAACUAAUAGAGUUCCGAACUCAAGAAACACAAUCGGGCGGAUCUAGGCAAACUACUGCUGCUAAGAGGCGAGCGAAUGGUUCAGCUUCGACACCGUCCUAUGAGGUGUUGGGAAGUGGUACCGGCUUCGAAGAU